UAAAACUACCAGCAAGCACCUCAACCCUGCCAAUUCUCUCGCUCGCAAGUCGCCUUUGCAAUACCAUGCUACCAAACACCAGCUCUGCCCGAUCGUUAGGAUCGCUUCGUUCCUCAUCUCCUGAAAUAUGAUGAUCCAAAGCUGCCCAGUCCGAGGCCGACAAGUGUCUCCGUCCUAGCCAGCCCUAACUGUCUGGCUUGCCGUCGCAAAAUCCUGUACCAGGUCGGCACGUCACGUCCAUACGUACGAGGCGGCGAGCGGCGGAGCAUGGAGCAGGAGCUGAGGACCGGCGGCCGCGGCGGCGGCAACCUCAGGGCGCACAGCUCUGCCUGCCUCUCUGGCGCGCUCAUCGAUGGCCCGCGCAUCCAGCAGCUUCUCCUCCACUGCGCCGCGGCGCUCGAGUCCAACGACGUCACGCUGGCGCAGCAGGCCAUGUGGGUGCUCAACAACAUCGCCUCCUCGCAGGGGGACCCCAGCCAGCGCCUCACGUCGUGGUUGCUCCGCGCGCUGGUCGCGCGCGCGUGCCGCCUGUGCGCCCCGCCCGGCAGCACUACCCAGUCUGCCGCCGCCGCCGCGGCCGCUAGGACACCCGCGCCGCGGGAGCGGGCCAUGUCGGUCACGGAGCUGGCCGAGUACGUCGACCUCAUGCCGUGGCACCGCUUCGGCUUCACGGCCUCCAACGGCGCCAUCCUCCGUGCGGUGGUGGGCAGCGCCGCGGUACACGUCGUGGACCUCAGCGUCACACGCUGCAUGCAGUGGCCCACGCUCAUCGACAUGCUCUCGAAGCGGCCCGGGGGCCCGCCGGAGCUCCGCAUCACCGUGCCUUCCGCCCGCCCCGCCGUGCCGCCGCAGCUCGGCGUGUCGGACGCGGAGAUCGGCCUCCGCCUCGCCAACUUCGCCAAGUCCAAAGGCGUGCAGCUGCAUUUCAGCGUCGUCGAGGGCGUGACGUCGCCGCCUCCAGAGAAGCAGGCGGCGGCGCUGUGCCAGGACCUCGCGUCCGUGCUGUCCGACCGGCAGGCGCUGGGGCUACGGGACGGCGAGGCGCUCGUCGUCAACUGCCAGAGCUGGAUCCGCCACGUCGCGCCGGGCUCGAGGGACGCGUUCCUCGGCGCCGUCCGCGCGCUGAACCCGUGCCUGGUCACCGUGACCGACGAGGACGCGGACCUGGACUCGCCGAGCCUGGCCACCCGUAUCGCGGGCUGCUUCGACUUCCACUGGAUCCUGUUCGACGCCCUGGACACGUCGGCGCCCAGGGACAGCCCGCGGCGUGCGGAGCACGAGGCGGCCGUGGGCAGGAAGAUCGAGGGCGUCGUCGGCGCCGACGACGCCGACGGGGCGGAGCGCUCCGAGUCCGGCGCGAGGCUCGCCGAGAGGAUGCGGAGGAACGGGUUCGUGAGCGUCGCGUUCGACGAGGAGGCCGCGGGCGAGGUGAGGCGCCUUCUGAGCGAGCACGCGACCGGGUGGGGCAUGAAGCGGGAGGAGGACAUGCUCGUGCUCACCUGGAAGGGCCAUGGCGCCGUGUACACCAGCGCCUGGAUGCCCAACUAGGUUUAGCCAUCUGCAUCAGCGACCAAAACUGCUGCUUAGGAUGCAUGCAUGCAUGCCACCAUCACCAUGGCCGGCAUGAAACAUAAGUAGGCUAGACUGCUGAUUAGCUCCAAAAGGAUCACCAAAGAAGUAACAUUAGAAACAAACAGCCAUAAGAACUUCAGUCGUUUUCGUGCAUCCAUGGUCACGGUGAAAGAACGGACCAGAACUCAAGAGUAGCGAAGAACUCAUGUAACAUGUAGAAGCAUCAGGAACUUAUCAAACUGUAUCAAGCAACUCCUUCCACAAAUUAAAAUAAAACUCCCAUAGUACCAAA